GUAAAUUAGUAAGCUUUUUUAUAAAUGGCGGACUGCGACUCGGAAUUGAAUUAUCAGACUUUUAAUUUAAUCACAAUCACUGUUAGAUCGGCCAAAGAUCGCAGAGAUAUCGUUAUUGAUGACAACAAAACUGUUUUUGAGUUUAAAAAGCUGAUAGCUCAAGAAUUGUCAGCAUCAACAGAGCAAUUAUGUCUGAUUAAUGCUGGAACCAGUUUGAAAGAUAGCUGCACGAUUAGGGAAUGUUCGCUUGUAGAUGGUUCCACUGUUCACCUCGUCAUCAAGUCUCUUUCUAGUGUUAGGGAUGAGGACAGUCAACCUUUCAAAAAGUUAAAGGUGAAUGUCAAAGAGAGUCCAUUCGGUCUGAGUGACAUCGGCGGUGUUGAGGGCCUCAUCGAUCUGGGUUUUGGCUCUGCCAAUUUUGUUAAUUUGCAACAAAAGUUGCAGAAAGAGAUGUAUUCAAACCCAGAAUUGAUAAAAUCCUUGCUGGAGAAUGAGGUAGUGUCAGAGGUUGUGUCUCAACCUGAUCUAAUUAAAAAUAUGAUGGCCAAUAAUGCCUGCCUAAAUGAAAUCAUCCAAUCAAAUCCUAAGGCCUUUGAACUUAUGAACCAUCCGGAGCUGAUGAAGCAAAUGAAUGAGUUAGUGAAGAUGCCAGCCAUCCUGCAAGAGGUUGUCGACCCCAAGUACAGAUCUGUUGUCGGACUGAAAACUACGGAGGAAUUGAGGUCAGAGAGUGAGGCUCAAAUGAAAGAUGAGCAGACGACGUUACCAAUCAGGUCAUCAUCGGCAGUAGAGGACGAAAGCUGCGAUACGAAGUCACGACAGCAGCCAUCGUUGGGCACUGCGACGGAAUGCCUGCUGAAGCAAUUCAUCAACAACUCGGCCGGUGUCGCCGACGUUCUGGAAUCCUCGUACGUGCAGUCGACAAUAAACUACAUGGCAAACGAUCCACAGUUGUUAAGACAGAUGCUCCAUCACUCGCCGGGUGUAAAAAACAGCGACGAGGUGAAGAUCGCCAUUGACCAAUCACUGCCCUACAUAGCCCAGCAGUUACUGAACCCCGAGGUCUACAGCCUGAUGAUUAAUCCUCGUGCCCUCCAGGCCAUACUGGAGAUCCAGGAUGGGAUGAAAGAGCUGGAGAGGUGCUCGCCAGGGUUCUUCCUCAAUAUGUCAGAAGGUCAAACAAGCAGUAGUUAUCUGACUGGUAUGCUGAAAUCUGUGGCCUAUGAUAAGGAUGAUGAGCAUAAGUUUGACAACCAGCUACAUCAACUCGCACUGAUGGGAUUCACCAACCGGGAUCUCAUCAUGCAAAUGCUAGAAUUGAACGGUGGCGACGUCAAUGCAGUCAUCCAGGCUUUCCUACAACAGCAGCAGAUGUUGCAAGGUUUUUCAACCGCUGGCAUGGUGGACGAUGCAGGCCAUCAGCAUUUAGUCGAACAAUAACUAUAAUAUAAUUAUUAUAUUUUGUUAUUAUUAUGUUUUUUUUUAUCAAUAAUUGAUUAAUUAAUUAAUAUUUUCAGUAGAGGGGCAUGCGUUUGUGUGUGUGUGUGUGUGUGUGUGAAUGAGUGAGUGAGUGAGUAAGUGAGCGUUGUUUCCAAAAACCGUAAAGACCGUUCUGAAUUUUUAUCGUUCGCCGAAUGAAGAAUUUUUAUUAAUGGAAACAUAAUAAAAGCCAUACAUUAAGUUAAUAAACAUUUUCAACAUCAUCUAAUUGCCCCGCUUUUCCAAAAAUUUACAACAAAAAUUAAAGGCGUAAAUAAGUUUUGUAUAUUGACAGGUUUAUGACGAAAAGCCUGUCAGGGCUAAGAUGACGUAAAACUGCCGAAGUAGGAUAAUUAAUCUGGCUGUCAUAUUUUUUUGUUUUUCUUUAAUAAACGUAUCAAUCAA